UCAUGCGACUCGUGGUUAUAAGCGUAAAGCAUAACGCACGCCGGCAAAGCACGAAUAAUAGUAGAUAAAAAAUACAUAGAACACUAUGUCAAUAAGCACGCACUUAGUAACGAAAAUAAUACCGUGACAAAAUCAAAAAAGUAACAGUGGAAGAAAUAGCUGUGUAUAUAUGCGACGAAGGACGCGUCUCAAGAAGCAUCAAAUGCAUAGGUUUGACAUAUUUGUAGUUAGCUAGUCAAAUGGUAGAACUGUAGCGUUAGAACCAGAACCUUUAGGGAGGACACCAACGCUUGCAGUGACAAACGGUAAGGAAGAUAACACUUUACCGAGCACUAUUUGCUAGCGAAUACCAAGCAAAGCAAUCAGUUAUCCUGCCAUUAAAAUAAAACACGUGCAACAAACAUAACAACAGCGGAAGAAGAAGCACCAAUAUUACCACUGACACAACAGCUGCAGAUUGGCAAAUAUUUCCUAUUUUCACUGUGUCACAAUCACAAAUAGGAAAGCGUCAUAGCGUUGGCAAAAUACUUUUCCUUUGGUAUGACGCGCGGCAAUAUCUUGACGCUGACGGCAGUAUCGAGUGGGUCUUGUGGCAUAAUAGAAAAGUAAUAUAAUAUAUUCCAGAGAAAUGAACAGAUAAAAUUGUGCUAAAUAUUCAUAAGCACAGCAGAGCGAGUGCAUAAAGCAGACAGCGUCCGGGCGUCAAAAGGAAGGCGAUAAAAAUAGCAAACGAAAGCUGCCAGCGUCACUGCAGCAGAAUAGACAAAAUCAACAAGACUUGCACAUCGAUAUCAUCAAUAAAGCUAACUAAUACUUGAGGAACUAAGUAACAAAAAUAAAAGGCCACAGCACGGCAGGUGGAGAAGCAAAAAGUAUUAUAAAAAUUUAUAAUCAAAGUUAUAAAAUACACAACGCCCACAGCAGCAGCAAACGGCAACAACAACAAACAACAACAACAAACGCCUAUCACAAGAACUCAUCCAUCAUCGGCCAGCGUGUGCGCGUGCAUGUGUGUGUGUGAGUAAUAUGCUGUAACUAGUAAGCUCCUCCUCCCUCCACCCCGACAUCACAAGCAAACGUCGUCAACAUCCACAGCUUUAACUUUAUUAAUACAAGCAAUUGCCAUUUCAUUCCGUUAGAACGGCAAUAUCGGCCCCCUCGUUAUUGGUUAUAUUGGUAAAUAUAGCAUCGUAAUACUUCGAUUCGCAUCAAUAUGGCCUUUAGCAGCAGCAGUAGUAGUAGUCGGUUCGGUGUCAGUAGUGGCGGCGCUUACGGCGGUGGUAGCAUAUCAACGUGGGAUAGAUGCACAACAGCGUUGCUAUUGCCGCGAGCACGUCUCAUCACCCUCUGGCUGGCAUUCAAUUUAGCGCUGAUCGUACAGGAGCCAAUGAAGAAAAUCGCCUCAGUCGAUGCAGCGACUGGUGGCGGCAGCAUGUUGGGUGAUGUUAACAUAUCCGCUAUUCUCGAUUCAUUUAGUAUUAGUUACGACAAAAGAGUAAGACCUAACUAUGGAGGACCUCCUGUUGAAGUCGGAGUCACCAUGUAUGUGCUAUCGAUCAGCUCGCUGUCUGAAGUUAAAAUGGACUUUACAUUGGAUUUUUACUUUCGUCAAUUUUGGACCGAUCCUCGUUUAGCGUAUAGAAAACGGCCUGGUGUAGAAACACUAUCGGUUGGAUCUGAGUUCAUAAAAAAUAUUUGGGUACCUGACACCUUUUUUGUAAAUGAAAAACAAUCAUAUUUUCAUAUUGCAACAACAAGUAAUGAAUUCAUACGUGUUCAUCAUUCUGGAUCAAUAACACGAAGUAUUAGAUUAACAAUUACCGCAUCGUGUCCAAUGAAUCUGCAAUACUUUCCUAUGGAUCGACAAUUGUGUCACAUAGAAAUCGAAAGCUUCGGCUAUACAAUGCGUGACAUUCGUUAUAAAUGGAAUGAAGGUCCAAACUCGGUUGGUGUUUCGAGUGAGGUAUCUCUGCCCCAAUUUAAGGUCUUGGGUCAUCGUCAGAGGGCUAUGGAAAUCAGUCUUACAACAGGAAAUUACUCGCGACUCGCAUGUGAGAUACAAUUCGUGCGUUCGAUGGGUUACUAUCUCAUUCAAAUAUAUAUACCCUCUGGACUGAUCGUUAUUAUAUCAUGGGUAUCAUUUUGGCUAAAUCGUAAUGCCACACCAGCUCGUGUGGCGCUCGGUGUUACCACCGUGUUGACAAUGACCACACUGAUGUCGUCAACAAAUGCAGCAUUGCCAAAGAUUUCUUAUGUCAAAUCGAUUGACGUAUAUCUAGGAACAUGCUUCGUUAUGGUCUUUGCCAGUCUUUUGGAAUACGCCACCGUCGGCUAUAUGGCAAAACGAAUUCAAAUGCGAAAACAAAGAUUUAUGGCGAUCCAAAAGAUAGCUGAACAAAAAAAGCAGCAACUGGAUGGGGUGCAACCACCGCCCAAUCCGAAUCCGAGUGCGGGCGAUCAUGGACAUGGGCAUGGUCAUGGCCAUAGCCAUGGUCAUCCUCAUGCGCCAAAACAAACAGUGAGUAACCGACCAAUUGGCUUUACAAAUAUACAACAAAACGUUGGCUCGCGCGGUUGCUCGAUAGUGGGACCCUUGUUCCAGGAGGUGAGAUUCAAGGUGCAUGACCCCAAGGCACACUCCAAGGGCGGUACACUGGAGAAUACUGUGAAUGGCGGACGUGGCGGACCGCCGGUUGGACCACCCGGACCCGGACCCCAAGGCGGUGGCGGUGGAGGCGGCGGCGGCGGCGGCGGUGGAGGUGGAGCGCCCGAAGGUGGGGACGCCGAAGCGGCAGUACCAUCCCAUUUAUUACACCCGGGCAAGGUAAAAAAAGAUAUCAACAAGUUGCUGGGCAUCACGCCAUCAGACAUUGACAAAUAUUCGCGCAUAGUGUUCCCCGUGUGUUUCGUUUGCUUCAAUCUGAUGUACUGGAUCAUCUAUUUGCAUGUGAGCGAUGUGGUCGCCGAUGAUUUGGUGUUGCUCGGCGAGGAAAAGUAAAGCAACCGACCGUUAGCAUACAAGCUUAUUAUGAAGCGUUGGCUAUAUGUAGCAGUGGCAGCUUGUAGACACGCUAGGCGUGUGGCAGCGUCGGAAGAAGCCGGUGGCAAACACAGCGUAAGCAGGGAGUAUAGCAGAAAGCGAUUCGCAAUAGUUUAGUUAAGUUUAUAUGUUAAGUGAACACAGCAUAGCAAAACAACA